UUGCACACAAAAAUCUGUGCAAGAGGGUUUUUGAUAAACCCUAUUUGUGGGAGCAAUGCAAAACGCAAAACCAGUCAUUAAGAGAGAACUCAAGCAUAACAGGUAAUUGGUUGCUGUAUCCAUAUCUCUUAUGUUACUUGUUCCCUUUGAGCUUUUUAUUUUCUCCGUGUUUUGGUGAGAAGAUAAAACUGGAAAUGGAACCAAGACUUUCGCUUUCUACGCCAAAUUACUCAGCAUCUCCCACCUUACCUUUUUCUCUCUCUUACAAGCCUCCUCUUCUUCAAAAACCCAAAAUUUCUGUCAAAUCCCAUACUUGCCUUCCAACAAUCCAGGCAACCAAAUCGCUGUUCAUGGGAAAAAAAUUGAUUUUGCAAGAGAAAUGUGGUCAUUUCGAUAAUAUAAGGAAACCAUGUGUCCCAGUUGAACCAAUACGAGCGGCUGUGAAGAGAAGGAAGGAGCUUCCUUUCGAUAACGUGAUUCAGAAGGACAAGAAAUUGAAAUUAGUACUGAAGAUAAGGAAGAUUUUAGUGAGUCAACCUGAUCGAAUUAUGUCGCUUAGGACAUUGGGUAGGUAUAGAAGGGAUCUGGGUCUCAAGAAAAAGCGUCGGUUUAUUGCUUUAUUGAAGAAGUUCCCAGCAGUGUUUGAAAUUGUAGAAGAAGGGGCCUAUUCAUUAAGAUUCAAAUUGACACCAGAAGCAGAAAAGCUUUACUUGGAAGAGCUGAAGGUUAGAAAUCAGAUGGAAGACAUAUUGGUUGUUAAGCUGAGGAAAUUGUUGAUGAUGUCCUUGGAGAAGCGUAUCUUGUUGGAGAAAAUUGCCCAUUUGAGGACUGAUCUAGGGCUUCCUAUAGAAUUUCGGGACACAAUUUGUCAUCGGUACCCUCAGUAUUUCCGAGUAGUUGCAACUGAACGUGGCCCUGCUUUAGAGUUAACUCACUGGGAUCCUAAGCUUGCAGUAUCAGCUGCUGAGUUGGCUGAGGAAGAAAACCGAGCUAGAGAGUUGGAAGAGAAGAAUUUGAUUAUAGACAGACCAGUUAAGUUCAAUAGAGUGAAGCUGCCCAAGGGUCUUAAUCUUUCAAAGGGUGAGAUGAGAAGGAUAUGUGAGUUCAGGGACUUGCCUUAUAUAUCUCCUUAUUCAGAUUUUUCAGGAUUAAGGUCUGGUACAAAAGAGAAGGAAAGGCAUGCUUGUGGGGUUGUCCACGAGAUUUUGAGCCUCACAGUCGAGAAGAGGACUCUUGUUGAUCACAUCACUCAUUUCCGGGAGGAGUUUAGAUUCUCUCAACAACUUAGGGGAAUGCUGAUUAGGCACCCUGAUUUGUUCUAUGUGUCUCUAAAAGGAGAUAGGGAUUCAGUCUUUCUCAGGGAAGCAUACCAAGAUUCUCAUUUGAUAGAUAAAGAUCCAUUAAUCCUUGUCAAAGAAAAGUUCCGUGCUCUUGUUUCUGUUCCAAGAUUCACAAGGAGGGUUACACCCAAGAAAGAUGAUGAGGAAGAAGUAACAGAUGAACUGAAAGAUUGGAGUGGUGAGGAGGGAGAAGAAUGGUCUGAUCUUGAUAGUUAUAUGAGUGGUGAUGGAUUUGAUGAUGAGGAGGAUGAGGAUGAUGACGAAGAGGAUGGUGAUGAUUGGAGUGAUGAAGAUGAUGAUACACCUCCUGAUUUUGAUGAAGAUGAUGAAACUUUGAAGAUUGGAUUGGCCAGUUCAAGUAAACAAGCAGAGAACUCUGCUAAGAAUGAAGACAAGGUGCCUGUUCCUGUGUUUCCUGAUGGUCAGCCAAGGGAGCGAUGGUAGAGCCAGUUUGGAGAUACUAACCCGGGAUUCGGUUAUCUGUCUCUUUGAUUGAAAUAGGUAUGCGAUCAUCUUGCCGUCUUAAUCCUUUGAUUAUCUUUAGCAAGGUUCUGGAAAGAUAGGGCCUGAACUUUAUACUUGCAAGUAUCCUGAAGUACGGAAUCAGAAAUUAACAGGCAUUAAUCUCAAAUACUGUCUCUCCUAGCGAUUAAUAGAUUUGUCCCCUAUAGUUGUUAAAAGCAAGAAAACAAAAACUUUAUGUGAACGAUAAGUUAUUGUAGUCUAUUCUCAAUCAACAUGUAGUACAUUUCUUUUUUAGUAUAAAUGAAACACCAUAAUCUCCUAGUGCAUUCAAGGGAA